AUGCUAGAAAGCUUUUCGCUCAUGUGGCAGAAAGCUUUUCAUGCCGCGAUUGCGGUGUCUUUCCUGUUUGCCUCUGUCGCAAGUGCGAUUCCACAUGGUGAUGACCAUUCUAUGGAUAUGGGUACGGGCAUGGACAUGAAUGGUACGAAGCAAGAAACUCAACCCGAGGCAAGCGAUGAGUCUCCCAUGAGUUAUUUCGCAUACGGCAAGUACUCUGGCACAAUCAUGGCUCACAUCACCCUCAUGGUUAUUGCCUGGUGUUUCGCUUUACCGGUUGCUGUAAUGUUCAGUAUUGCUCGGUCACGGUACGCACUGGUUUCUCAAUUCACCUUCUUAGUGUUGAAUGCGGUGGGAUUGCUGGUUGGGAUCAUUUACAACAGCCAAACCCCGGACCUCUACGAAAACAACGCACACCACAAGAUCGGAUGGAUUGCGACCUGGGUCAUCAGCGCACAAGUCAUCUUGUCCCUAAUCUUUGCAUAUGCCGGAAGAGGCGUUGCGGAUUCAACCUCCUACGAACGUGUUGCGUUUUUGCCCGUAUCGACCGACGAAAUGGUCGAAAGCCCGGCUACUUUUCCAAGCGGCAUUCACCACGAGUAUCGCUGGUCUAGAGAUAGUGGCCAGGGUUCUGAGAGGAAUACGUCGUCUCUCCAUAGUCGCCCUAGUUCCCCAUCCUGCGCAUCUCCUUCCGAUGAGUACGAUACUUUUGAGAAGCCAGAAAAUGACAUAUCUGAGGAGCCUUCUGUCCGCAGUUGGCUUCGCUGUGCCUUUGUCGACCGCUUCUUGGCCAGUCGCGUACCGCGCUUAGUUUCGAGCAGAGUUCUCCGGAUCCUUACCUUCAUUUAUCUGGUCAUUGACAGAAUCAUUCUCCAAUUUGGCUUCAUUGCCAUUGCUACCGGUGUCGUGACGUAUGGUGGUAUCAUGAGGGCCAACGAAGUCUUCAACGGCCUCGCUCACUUCAUCAAAGGGGGUAUCUUUUUCUGGUAUGGUUUGCUGACCCUAGGCCGAUUUAUGGGGUGCUGGGCCGACUUGGGUUGGGCGUGGAACAUCAAACCUUCAAGCGCGAUUGUUGGCAAGUGGAAGGCCAAAAUUCCAUCGGCGGAGUUCACCGAGUCUUUUGUGAUUUUCCUCUAUGGCGCCAGCAACGUCUUUCUCGAGCAUCUUUCUAGUUCGGGCGGCCCAUGGACGGCCACCGAUCUCGAGCACGUGUCGAUCUCCAUCCUGUUCUUCGGCGGUGGCUUAUGUGGCAUGCUUUUCGAAUCCAAGAGUGUGAAGGACUGGCUGAACAGCACCGUUUUGCGACCUUCCUCUCCCGUUAAUUCUCGUACCCUCAAUGGCGCUUGGCAUGCACCCGACACCCAGGGCGUUUCCCUCAACCCGAUGCCGGCUCUGGUUAUCCUUCUUUUGGGGAUGAUGAUGGGAUCCCAUCAUCAGACUAGCAUGACCUCAACUAUGGUGCACAAGCAAUGGGGCAAUCUUCUGGUUGGGUUUGCGCUGGCCAGAUGCGCGACAUAUGUCUUGCUGUACAUAAAGCCACCGACCUCGUAUCUGCCAGCUCGACUCCCGACCGAGAUCAUUGCAUCGUUCUGCUUGAUUUCCGGUGGUUUGAUCUUCAUGUUGAGCACUCGUAAUGUGAUAAAUUCUAUGGAGUAUUAUGACCUCGAUGCGAUGUUCACAUUUACCGUCAGCAUGGGAUUGACUGCCUUCAUCAUGGCGUGUGAAAUCCUCGCGAUUGCGAUCAAAGCUUGGGCGGUGAAACGGGAGUCUCGCCCCCAGCUACCUCCUUAUAAGUUCCCGGCCUAA